UUUAGUACUUCAAAAUAUAAUCAUUUUAGAUAAAACCACUAAAUAUUUUAUUUAUUUUAAUUUUUUAAAUAAAAUUCAAUAAAUAUAUAAGAAAUGGAUCCUAAUUUAAGAAAUCUAAAAGAUUUUCUAACAUUAUACAAUAAAGUGACCGAAUUAUGUUUUACCCGAUGUGUUGACAAUUUUAAUGAACGUGAUUUAGCAGAACAUGAGAAUAUAUGUGUCAAUCGGUGUGUUAACAAAUUUGCCCAAUUUAAUCAAUCAAUGAUGAAAGUUUAUGUGGAAGUUCAAACGAGUAUAAAUACUAAACGUAUGCAAGAAAUGGAACAGCUACAACAGCAGACUCAAGAAGCAACAAAUAGUGCAAAUACUGAAGCUGCAUCGUCGGCCUUUUCGACCUCAUCAGCAACUCCCAAUUUAGCGGCAUAG